AUGAGUAAUGCUCCCAGGUGGAGUAAUGCUCGCAUGAUGAGUAAUGCUCGUAUGAUGAGUAAUGCUCACAGGAUGAGUAAUGCUCGCAUGAUGAGUAAUGCUCACAUGAUGAGUAAUGCUCGCAUGACGAGUAAUGCUCGUAUGAUGAGUAAUGCUCGCAUGAUGAGUAAUGCUCCCAGGUGGAGUAAUGCUCGCAUGAUGAGUAAUGCUCCCAGGUGGAGUAAUGCUCGCAUGACGAGUAAUGCUCGUAUGAUGAGUAAUGCUCCCAGGUGGAGUAAAGCUCGCAUGUUGAGUAAUGCUCGUAUGAUGAGUAAUUCUCCCAGGUGGAGUAAUGCUCGCAUGAUGAGUAAUGCUUGCAUGAUGAGUAAUGCUUGCAUGAUGAGUAAUGCUCCCAGGUGGAGUAAUGCUCGCAUGAUGAGUAAUGCUUGUAUGAUGAGUAAUGCUCACAGGAUGAGUAAUGCUCGCAUGAUGAGUAAUGCUCCCAGGUGGAGUAAUGCUCGCAUGAUUAGUAAUGCUCCCAGGUAG